AUGUCGUCCGAAGCCGCAGAUGUCCCUGUCAAGCAGGAGAAGGAGGGAACUCCAAUUCAGACUCCUGAGCUUCCGGAAUCGACCACAGCUGAAGCCGCUCAAGACAACAAUGCUGAAGCUGAAGCUGAUGCUGAUGCAGACGCCGAUGGAGAAGCAGAUGCGGAAGGCGGCAACGAAGCCAUCAACUCAGCAGCCAACGUCAAGACCGAAACUGCAGAACCACCAACAAAGUCAGUUAGAAUCGAAGAGCCUUCCUCCGCGCAGCAGCAGGAACAAGCAAGCAACACCUGGGACAAUCAAGAGCAGCAACACUUCACUCCAACAACCUACUCCGACCCUCGCCACCCACCGCAACCCCUGAAAGACAUGACCGUCGAACAGCGAAGACAGCUCUUCGAAGAGCGUAUCCGUAUGGAAUCUCGUGAUGGUGAAGCUUGGCUCACACUCAUCGAAGAAGCACAGUCUCGCCAGGACAUGGAAGCGACAAGAGCACUUUACGAUCGCUUUUUCAAGGUUUUCCCCAACCAAGGCCGUCAGUGGCUUGCUUAUCUCGAACUCGAGUUGGCUCACAGUAACUUUGCUCAGGUCGAAGCUAUCUUUACACGCUGUCUUCGGACUACACCUAGUGUGGAGCUGUGGAAGUUCUAUCUUUCUUACACACGUCGUGUCAACCCGCUGCCACCAGCGACGGGAGCUGAAGAGGACGGACCACGAGAGCAGGCUCGAAGGGUGCUUGAAGGCGCGUACGAGUUUGCACUUCGAUUCAUUGGUAAUGACAAGGACAGCGGCUCUAUCUGGACGGACUACAUCGCGCUGAUCAAGGAGAGAGAGGCGAGGGGUGGGUGGAAGGAAGGACAAAAGAUGGACGAUCUCCGCCGCGUGUAUCAGCGUGCUGUCAGUGUACCGCUCAUCAACAUCGAGACUAUCUGGAAAGACUACGACGCUUACGAGAAUGGACUGAACAAGCUCACAGCCAAAAAAUUCCUCGCUGAACGAUCGCCUGCUUACAUGACAGCGCGUCGCGUUCUGAGGGAUCUCAAAGCAUACACCGAUCAUCUUGCCAAGCCUCUCCUGCCUCGCGUUCCUGUCUGGACCUCAUCUGCCGUUCCCGGUGACGCUGGCGAAGACGCAUCUCAAUGGCAGCGAGAACGCCAGCAAGUCGAAGCAUGGACCGAGUAUCUCAAAUGGGAAGAAUCCAAUCCUUUGCUUCUGGAAGACCAUGCCACACUCCAAGCUCGCAUCACAAGCGCAUACCGUAAAGCAACCAUGUAUCUUCGCUUCUACCCCGAAGUAUGGUACCUCGCCUCACGAUACCUCAUCUCCACUUCGAGACAGGACGAAGCUGCAACCUGGCUCAAGAACGCUAUGGAGGCUUGCACGGGUAGCUUCCUUCUUCACUUUGCUUAUGUUGAACUUGCCGAGGCUCGUAAAGCUACGACGGACUGCGCCGGAGUGUUUGAUGGGCUGAUCAACCAGGUCCAUGCCAAGAUCGAUGCUCGACAGGCUAAGUUGCAGCAAGAUCUGAAGAACUUGGAUACGGAAGCGGAGAUGGCGAAAGCUCAAGCUGCUUCGCGUCGCGCAAAUGAAGGUGAUGGUGAUGUUGAUGUUGAUGGUGAGGAACGCGAACGGGAGAGGAAGGCGGGAGAACAGCUCCAAGCUCGCAAGCAAGCACUGCAGCGUCAGGCGAAUCCCGAGAUCGAAGGUUUGAAAGAAGCAACUGCGUUGGUCUGGAUCAAGUACAUGCAUUUCCUCCGUCGAACUGAAGGGAUUCGCCCUGCGCGCGGUGUCUUCUCCAGAGCUCGCAAGAGUCCCCAUUGCACAUGGCAAAUCUUCGAAGCGAGUGCGUUGAUGGAGUAUCACUGCUCAAAAGACCCGGUCGUGGCAACCAAAGUCUUCGAGUUGGCACUGAAGACAUUCGGUAACGACGAAGCCUUCGUUGUCCGAUACUUGGACUUUCUCAUUUCGAUCAACGACGAUAGUAAUGCGCGAGCGCUGUUCGAACGUGUCAUCGGUACAUUCUCCCCCGAUCGCGCUCGACCGAUUUGGGACCGUUGGUCGAAGUACGAGUACAACUUUGGCGACACCGUUGCGAUCCAAAAGCUUGAAAGCCGCUUGGCGGAGACAUACCCAGACGAACCAGCGAUCAAACGCUUUGCCGCACGCAGUUCUUACAUGGACCUCGACCUGGUCGGACCCCGCGAUUUGGGUCUGCAAGCAGCAGUAGCAGGCGCCUCAGCCGCAGACCGCGCCGUCGAAGCAGCCAAAGACCACGCCGCUGGAUCCCUCAUCUCCUCCACCACCGCAGAUGAAGGUCCUAGACGUAAAACGAUGCAAGAGAUGAAACGGCUCGCAGCAGAAUCCAAUGCUGAAGAUACUUGCGGUAACUGGGCUCGUCCUGGUGGUGCUGCUAUUGCUCCGCCGGCGAAGAAGUUCAAACGUGACAGCGCUUCCCCUGCUCCCGGAGCUGGCGGGUUCGGACAGCAGGUUCAAGCAGGAGGUGUUAGGGAUGCGUAUCAAGAGUUCCCGGAGGCAGUGUUGGUGUUCAUGGAGAUGUUGCCGAGUGCGCAUUUAUUCGAUGGACCCGUGUUCAAGGCGGAUGACAUUUUGGAUUGUAUCAGGAGUGCCAAUAUUCCGCAGACUGCAAGUGCGAGAGGUGCAGGUGGGUUUGGUGGGGCUGGUAGAGGUCGAUACCGCUGA